AUGGCGCCGACAGAGAUCGCCACAUCGAUCCUGCUCACGUACGCCGGCUCGGAAUGGCUGCACGGCUCGCGCCGCCGCGCCAUCGUCAGCGGCGGCGCGGCUGCCGCACUGCAGCUCCUCGUGCGCGUGUUGGCCCUCGGGCUCAGCGGCUCGGCCCGUGCCCUGUCGGCGGCGGCGGGCCUGCGCAUCCCGCCGCUGCUGAAGGCGCCGCUCAUUGCGUUUUUCUUCAUCGGGACGCUGUGGCUCGACACGGUCGGACGCGGCCGGCUCAGCCGUGCCGACUUUGCGGCCGAACUCCAGAGCGCGACGCUGCGGAUGCUGCCGCUGUGCCCGCUCCUCUCGCUCCUCGUCGCCGCGGCGCUGCUGGGCGUUGGCGAAGCGUUCGAGCACCUCGGCCUGCCGACCGAGUGGCUCGAUCUGCCAAUCUACUAUGGCGUCUUCUACGGCCCCUUCGUCUACACGUACCUCCUCGUCAAGGCGGCCGCCGCUCGCGCGACGCUGCUGCCGACGAGCGUCGCAGGCGGGAGGAGAUAG